AUGAUUUUACAAGCGCAAGCCCGUUGUCAUCGCAUAGGACAACAGAAGAUGGUUAAAAUAUAUCGAUUAAUAUGUAGAAAUACCUAUGAAAGAGAAAUGUUUGAUAAAGCUUCUCUAAAAUUAGGACUUGAUAAGGCUAUUUUACAAAGUAUGAAAUACUUCUCAAGGAAAAGAAACAGGCUUAAAACAGUUGUCGAAAAAGAAAUCGAGGAUCUUUUGAAGAAAGGGGCUUACGGUGCCGUUAUGGAUGAAGAUAAUGCCGGUGAUAAAUUUUGCGAAGAAGACAUCGAAAUGAUUUUGGCUCGCAGGACACAAGUUAUUCAAAUGGAAUCUGAAAAAGGGUCUACAUUUUCAAAAGCAAGUUUUGCAGCUACUGAUCAAAGAUCAGACAUUGAUAUAAGGGAUCCAGAUUUUUGGAAUAAGUGGGCAAAGAAAGCUGAGAUUGAUACGACGGAAAAGAAAGAAGAUGAAGAUUUAAUAGUUACAGAACCUAGGAAAAGAACUAUAAUUAAAAAGAUACGGACAUGA